AUGGCGACCGACACUAAUACCCAAAUCUACCACGAGCAGCAAAGGCUACAAUUUUGCCUCUUACACUCGCUCAACAAUCUCUUCCAGCAAAAAGAUGUAUUUACUCGAUCAAGCUUGAACGAGAUUGCUGAAAAACUUGUUCUUGAAGAACCCAACAACGAAACAUGGACACCCUUAUCUGUACUCUUUAAACCCCACCAUAAUGCACUUACUGGAAACUAUGAUAUAAAUGUACUAAUUGCUGCUUUAGAAGACAAGGGAAAGAAUGUGGUUUGGCAUGAUCGUCGUAAUGGAGCGUCUUCAAUUGAUCUAGAUGGGCCUGAAGAUGCUUUGAUGGGUAUUCUGCUUAAUGUUCCGGUUAGAAUGUUUGCCGGGCUUUGGAAAAGUAGGCAUUGGGUUUCAUUGAGGAAGAUCGACGGGGUUUGGUACAAUUUGGAUAGUGAUCUUGUUGCUCCUCAGGCUUUUGAAGAUACUGAAAAGGUUAGAGAAUUCUUGGAUUACAUCAUUGGGCAUGGUGGAGAAGUUUUGCUUGUUAUGAACAAUAAACAGUGA